AUGCCUGGCGAUUCUCUCAGAAAGAAGGCUGAUCCCGUAUUACCUGCCAAAGAGGUUGCGAAAGGGUUCGUUUGGAUAUAAAACUUAUGCCGUUUUCAAAGUAAUUUCCGCGAAAUCCAGAAUAAUUUAUGAUUCUUCCAAGUUUAGUGAUCUUUUCCACUCUCUGUCAGCUAUUUUGAGCUUCGCGGAAUCACUUUGGACACGGCAUUAUAUGCAUUAUAUUUCGGCGAUUUCAAAAUAAACGCGUUAUUCGUUCAAAAUGAUUUCGGAAAAUAGGCGGAAUUGGUAUUCUGGGAAGGUGAGUCCUACAACGAUAUAUCGUUGGAUACGCAUUUUUACGGUGAGUUUUACGCGCGAAUUUGAAAUUUCAGUAGAAAAUGCCCAAAUAACUCCAAAAUUUUGAGUUCCCGCGAAGAAAUUACGGUAAAAAUGCAUAUUUAACGACAUAUCGUUGUAGGACUCAUUUUUUCUUGCCAUUGUCGAAAUAGCAAUUCCGCCUAUUUCAUGAAUUCAUUUUAAACGAAUAAUGCGUCUAUUUUGAAAUCGCCGAAAUUACUUUGAACACGGCAAUAGUUUUCAAGCUUUUCAAAAAGAAAUGAGCGCACUAGUGAAGAAUUUAGGCCGAUGACCAUAAAAAAUAUGGCAUGCUGAAACUUUUUCGAGCUUUAUUAAUGUUUGAACCGUUUUAAAGUACGUAUUUCUUCAUAGAUUUUGUUAAAUCACAAACCGCUACUCCCUGACGCCACUUUAUGACAUCAUUCAGAACACAAGAAAUAAGCGGAAUCAAAAGGCAUGCUAUAAAGUACGGGCGUUUACAAAAUGUGACCGGUGCGACUGCCUAUAGUCUGUUCAGAUUUUGAAUGUCAAGAAGAAUGACGUCAUUCGAAAAUGCUCUGUGGAUGGCUCGCUCUCUGAUUGGUUUAUCGCGCCAUUAGGGGGCGGGGCUUCAGCGAGGACAUGAAAUUUGAAAUCUGAACAGACUAUAUAAAAUGCAGAGCUGUUCUCGGGGCGACCGCGGUCGACCGAGGGCCCCGACUUGCGGCGUAUUCGAGGGCGGCCGCGGUCGGCCUUUGGUAAGGGUCAACUCGGUCGACCCGUCACGGCGUUCUUGUCAGUGAAAAGAAAAAUGCAGAAAAAAUACCAGGGGCGGGCGCCGUAAAUCGUACGGCAGCAGUAGUUUUGAUCUGUUCAGGACCCGUUUUUUUGGAUUACAAUACCCACCCUUUUAAAGCUCUCGCAAGAUUUUACGGAAAGAAUUAGUUGAAAAAGCAUUUUUGCUUUUUUUCUUUAUUAAUACUUCUUUUAACGUUUUUCUAUGAGUAAAAGUUAUUAUCCAGUUCCUUUGGCGUAGUUUGAAAACCAGUUUCGUGUAAAUUAGAGCCAAAUUGAAUUUACUGAUGCAGUUUGAAGAUUUUUGUUAUAUGAAUCAUCUAAAUUAUAUUUUUCCAGUUGUUUCAUGGUUUUUCGGAUUUAAACAAAGAUUUCGCCAUACGAGGUUUUUGAAAAUUUCUGCUUCCUAUCCAUUAUUUGUUUUUCUGAAGCUAGGUUUUCAAGGUAUAUAAAAUGUUUCUUUUUUUCAUUUGCUCCUCGAAUUUUCCUCAUUUCAAUAUUUUUCGUAUUUACAAUUGCUUAUUCAAUUAGAGCUGAUUCACCUUCAUAAUAUUUUUUGUUUUCAUUUUGUAAUUAGUAAUUUAGAGUUUUCCCCUUCCGAAAUCGUUCCUAAAUUUUUUUUAACGCAAGUGAAUGUUUUUUUUCACAUCAUAAUCUUCAAACUGACAAGAUUUCGAACAUUUCAGAAGUUAUUAUCCUAAAAUUGCAAAUUCAAAAAAAUUGAAAAAAACAAUUUUGAGUAUGCGAUAGUGCGUCUCGGUGUGCUUACACCCUAAACAUCAUAAUUUACGAGAAGUCUUGACCUUGCGUAAUAAAAACGCCGUGCCGUAGAUACAAAUUUUUGUUUUGACUCCCGGUUUUUUUGCGAAUUAUGGAAAGCGCAAGUUUUACUGAAAUGAAAGUGAAACAAAAAACAUUUAUUAUCGAGCACAUAAAAAAAGAAAAAAACCGAUGAAAUGAGAUAUUAAUCCAAAAAAAUUCAAUAGUUUCCUAAGUGGCCAGAACAAUUUACAGAACUAGAGAAAACAAAUUGAUAAAUAAAAAAUAAUUUGAAAUUUUCACAUCAUCAGGAAUUUCAUUUUUGCAAAAAAUUCAUUCAAACCACUAUUUGAAAUAUUAUUUUAUUUAUUUACAAAGAGAAAAAACGAAAAAGAUGCGAAAAAGUGAAAUCAAAAAGCACGAUUUCUGUCAAAAACAAUAAAAUUAAAAUUUUCAUGGAUCAUAAAUAACUUAAAAGUUCAUUUUCAAUAUAAAAAACUAAAAUAAAAACAAAAAAUACGGAAAAAAAAAUCCUCGCGCUCGCUUCGGGGGCCUGAAUGAAAACCGCUUCGCGGGCCGGGGCGCUCAGGGGCGCGUUGCGGUCGGGUCGGGGCGGCCUCGGCCGGGGUCGCCCCGACUUGAGAACAGCUCUGAUAAAAAUGUGACCGCUUUUUUUUGUGCUCCACUGCAAAUUAAUAAAAUACGAGCGUUUUUUGGCCUUAUCUCUUUAGCCUUUUCUGGCACUUUUUCUCAAACUUUGUAUUUUUCCUAUCUUUCCUUUUGAAUAAAACUAUUCAAAAAAGUACUACGACGAAAUUAAUGAAUUCGUUAUGAUAAAUUUUUCUUUAAUCGCUCAAACAACUUAGGCUUCUCAUUAGAAGCUCUUAAAAACGAUUUCAUACAGUUCAUAAACCUGUAAUAAACCGGAAAUAAGGUGAAAAAAAAUUUACUACUCGUGCGAAUUGCCAAGUCAAGGUGACGUCAUAGGGAUGACGUCAGGGAAUAGCGGUUUGCGAUUUAACUCGAAGUCUUCUUCAUGGGGUAUGACUCCUUUCGAAGAUAGUUUUGCAAAUAUCUGGUCAUUAACUUACCUUACUUUGAUUUCAAGUCAAAUUAAAAAGUUUGAUAUCAAAUAUCCCAUUUCGGGCCUCCAAUAUUUGGUUUUUUAAAUCCUGAAAACUAAGCACAAAUGAGAGUUUGGAUACUCAGACAAUUUAGAUUUUAAAAAAGUUUGAAUUUUAAAAUAUGGCCACUUUAAGAAAGCGACCGAACCGACCGACUUUUCCAGCAUGCCAGAAAAUAUUUUUCUCUUUUUUUCAAAUUCACGGACUCGACCUCUAGAAAAUUAUGAACUUCCCAGUGAAACCAAAUCCCUGGCGUGUUCAUCGGAAAAAUCGAGAAUUGCUUCAAAACAAAAAAUAUAGUCUGUUCAGAUUUUUGAAUGUCAAGUGCAAUGACGUCAUUCAAAAAACACUCUGUGGAUGGCUCGCUCUCUGAUUGGUUUAUCGCACCAUUAUGGGCGGAGCUUGAGCGACGACUUGACAUUCAAAAUCUGAACAGACUAUAGUACUGUUUUGGAGCAACUUUGGCGCGCCGAUGAACACGAUUUUUCAUUUUGAAGCAUGUUCCGUUUCUGCCAUGAACACGCCACCACGAUUUCAGUUCGACUGAAAACGUGGAAAAUAAGAAGAAAAGCGGAUCCAAUGAGAAUGAUCAGGAGAAGAAAAGAAACAGCGAAGAAGAAGAAGCCAAGGGAUCGAAAGAAGAAUUCAAAGCCAGUUUUUGAAUAUUAGUUUUUUUUAGGACAGUUCCUAGCAUGUCUCUCGACUUAUUCAUUUUGUAACAGGGUAUGAAAGAUCGAGAUAAGGAUAGAGAGAAACCGGCACACCCACAGAAACAACCGGCGCCUCAAAAACGAGAGAAAAUGAAGCCAAAUGACCUUGUAAAAAAUGAGUCCACAGUGUAAGAACUUGCGUUUUUUUUCUGUAUUUUGCUCAAAAAUUUGCGGAUUUAGUUGGAAGGUCGUUCAAUUACUUGGCUCCGGGGGGUUCGGCGACGUUUACAAAGUGUUCAACGAGAACGCCAAAGAUGGCGUGAGUUCUUAAUGGAUUCCUCGGUCUGAAUAUUACAAUUGAAACGAUCCGCCCGUUGAAUUAAAACAUGAAAUCGUUUGAAGAAAGAGUUCGCAAUGAAAACGGAAACGUUGGGUGGACACAGACGAUUGAUGCGUCUUAAAAUCGAGGUGAUACUCAGAUUUUUCAAAAAUUUAUUUCAAUAAGUGAGAACACUGUUUCUUUCAAAUAUUUCUUUCUCACAUUCAAGAUUAUUUAAGGUGAUGGUUCUGAUGGACUGUCAAGAAGCCCCGGCCAUACAUCGACAACAUUUCGUUGAAUUUAUCGACAAAGGAAAAACGGACAACUUUAAGGUGUUUUUUUCGUUGAUUCUAGGAAGAAAGAUUUUUUCGGGAAUUUUUUCAGGACGUACGCGUGAAAAGACGUGAAAAGUCAGUCGAUCAUAACGAGCCAAAAUUUUAAAAAGUUAAACAAAAAUGCCGGCGAGAAAUGAGCGUCGAAAGUUUUGCUGACGCUGGAAAAAUGAUUUGAAACUGCGCUCCACUUGAAAUGCCUUUUAAGCGAAAUUUGGAGUACUAGCAUUCUAAAUGAAAAAAAAUGAAGGAAGAAUUGAAAUAGUCAACAUUGUCCCAUAUUUUUGCCAAUGGUGGAGUUUUUACAGCCGGUUGUCUCACGCUCAUUUCAAAAACCGAAAAAAAUGGUUCAAAAACUAAAAAGUCUUAGGUGGUUAUAUAAUUAUGUGAGACGGAAAAUUUAAUUUUCUCGAAAAAAAUUUGAAUUAAAAAAUCAAUAAGAAUUUUGUUAAUAGCCAUAUUGAUAUAUAUUAAUUCAAAAAUUGACAUCUUUUGACAUCAAAAAGAUUUUCAUAAACUCUCGAAAUAUUCGAUUUUUUUCAAAAAAAUCUCAGGUAGAUAUAUGUGGAGUAGUGUAGAAAAAACAAUCAUAAAAAAAGGCAAAAAAAUUGGGAACGGUGGCUUUAUGCUUGACCGUAGAGACGACUCCGACAACUGGGCGCAUAAAGGCGCCCCCUUUCCCGCCUAAAGGCGCCCCCUUCCCCGCCUAAAGGCGCGCACAUCCCGCGCUUUCGUGGCGCAGUAGUGCCGCCGCGUCGGGGGAACUGCGCUGUUGUGCCGCUUUCAAGGCGCUUUCAAUGCGGUGUUACCAUUCAAACGGCCUCCUUUUGCUCGAUUGGACUCUAUUUUUCGUACUUCUUCAAUCAUGACUGAUUGAUAAAGUACGAAAAAUAAAGCCAAAAGAGGAUUUGCCUUAUUAGUUUACAAAAUUUUAGAUAUUGGAAAUAAUUUUUAGGUAGAUUACCUAUAGCAGGAUAUCAAGAUAACAUGUUUGUAAAAUAUGUAUUUGAGGAAAAUUCAUACAAAUAAAAAAACUCAAAAAGACUGUCCAAAAACUUUUUUUGUAGAGAAAAAGAAAUAGUAAAUAGCUCAAAGAAGAUCAGCGUGAAAAAUGACUAAUGAAUCGAUAGCCAAAUGAGAAAAUUUAAUAUAGUUUUCAAUCGAGAUCGAAAGAAAAAAAGACGACUCGAACAAUCAAAAUGCUAACGGAAUUAACAGAAAAAUUUAAUCUCCUUGAUCGUUAACGAGAAACAAUCCAAUAUCGCGACGCCUUCAUCUAGACGAGUCGUUUUACACGUUUCCUGUAAAAAGUCGCAAUGAACUCUUCGAUAAAUCUCUCAUAUUUAGUUUUAUUUUUAUUCUACCUAGAAACAUGCAUAUGCCGUGUUCAAAAUGAUUCCGCAAAGCUCAAAAUAGUCGUCAGAGAAAGAAAAAGAUACCAAAUUUUCGAGAGUCAGAGAUAAUUUUGCGUUUCGCCGAAAUUUCUUUGAACACUCUAUCUUUUCUUGCUUGGUUUUCUUAUCUAAUGUACACGAGCUACUCUCUCGGAUUACCCAGUUUUUUUUCAUCCAAAAUACCCUUUUUCACUCUAAAAAAUGUACUUUUCUCAUGCAAACAUUGACGUUAAACUUUUUUUCGUUCUAGCCUUUCAUCUAAAUAUGAGGUAACUUUAACUUUCAAUUCAGAAUUUUCUUUUGAUUUUUCCAAUAAUGGAUGGAUUCGUAUAGCUGAUUCACGGCUGGCUUGAGCCAUCGAAAAAAGGGUCCUGGCACGAUAAUGCCCGAGACGAGACGCAGACAGGCCACGAAACUCUUAGCGUCAAAAGUUAGCUUCAGGAAAAAGGUCCAUCUGUCGAGCGCAAAAAAAUUUCUGCCUUUUUUGAAGAAGAAGAAGAAGAAAAGUUUGGGAACGGCAUAAAAAAAGUGAGAAAGUCAUUUCUUAAAUAAUUUGAUUAUCAAAAAAAAAUUGAAGGAAUUGAAAAAAGUCGUAUUUGCCACUUCGAUACCUGUUAGAAUUUUUUUCCUAGAUCUUUCUUAAUUUUUUUCUAUGAAUGACGCAAUUUGAAACAUACAUAGUUGUAGUGCAAAAACAGAAUAUUUUAUUCAUUAACUUCUUCCUUGAGAACCAAAUUAAUCAAAAAAAAAUCGUUUUCAUCCUUUUUAUGCCUUAUACAAGGUUUUUGCUUUCAAGAAAAAUGCAGAAAACUUUGAGCUCCGCGGAUACCGUGGAUACUCAAAAAAAAAAUUUCAACGAGACUGCCCUAAGCUACCCUUGUGAAAGAAGGAAGCUCAGGCGCGUACAUGAAUCUUCCUCUAUUUCUUUGGAGAGAUUUUUCUCAGAAGCCUAUGUGGUCUAGUAAAUAAUCUACUUUCUUUCCUUGGGAGUAGGUUUAUAAGUCGCCAAAGUUUCAACUCGACCCCUACUCAAGCGAGUCGAUUUUUGAGUUUUGGGGUAAUUACUAUUUGAGUUCGUACGAGAAUAUUGGAGAUUUUUUAGAAAGUGAAUUUUUUCCGUUCGUGAAAUGAAAUUUAUUCCAUGAUAGAAGCGCUCAGAAACCCAAAAAAGUUGGAGAGGCUUUGGAAAAAGAUCUUUAAAAAGUUAGAGAACCAUCUAGAAAAAGCAGAGCUGUGCUUUGAGCCGAGCUUAAUGGCAGACUCAGUACACUGAAUCGGAUCACUCACAGAUUUUCGAUAUCUUUUUAGAUUCGUCAAAAAAGUCCAAAAUUGAAGCGAGUCAGGGAUAAAUUCGAAUUUCGCGAGAUUACUUUUAGCACAGUUGAGUUUUUAAUUGCGUUUUUUCAUGAUAUAAUUUAUAUUAGUUUUACAAAAUCGAUCAGAUACCGGAGAACGUUCUAAUAUAUAACAUUAGCGAAUUAGUUUUUUUUCUACAUUCGUUAAAAUCAUUUUCACCUUUUUCAUACGGCCUCAGGUUUUUUUUGCACAAGCCACGCCCAAAAAUAAUUUAAUGCCGUGAAUUCAAAGUAAUUUCCGCGGAACUCAAAAUCACCCUUGACUGUCAAAUUUUAUACAUUUUUUUCACUUACUGAUGGCAAUUUAAAAUUUUGCGGAAUCACUUUGAAACGUUAUAAAUUUCAACAGAGUAUAAAAACCAACAGAAAACGGGCAAAGUAAUUUUAAUUCAAUUUGAAUAUAUCGGAGUAUUCUCUCAAGUUCUCAAGUCAUAGCGUGUAAACUCACAGUUUUAACAUCGAUUCCAUUUUAAAGCCCAGAAACGCUGAUCAUCGUAGAAAAAAAGCCGCUGAAUCAGUCAAUCAUUGAUUCGACAAGUGACCUAAACAGAAAUGAGAAUAUUCAACGAAAAAGGUAAACUUACCUCAUUGAGGAUAACUGAAUAAAUAAUGGUUGAAGCUAUCAAUCUUCUCAUCAAGUUUGGCGGAACAAAACCUGAAAAUAAGUGAAAAAAAAGUUUUGCAUGGCGGUAAAAAUAGGAAAAAAAUUCAUUUGAAAGUUUUUUUCAGCAAAAAAAUGAAUAUCUUCAACGAUUCCGACAAUGAAAAAGAAAUAAAAAAAGAAGAAACGAAAUCCCAAAAAACUUUUUGAAAAAAAAAUUGUAAGAAACAUGUUCGCGCUGGCGCAUUUUUCAAUCUCGUCGCCUUAAUUUCGGAGGUCCUCCGACUCUGCCGAGUUCGGGGCGCCUUUAGGCGAAACGGCCAGUUGCGGGCGCCUUUAGGCGGUGCCGUGUCGGAGGAAAAAUUAUGCGUUACCUACAUCACGCCGCUCGUUCCUCCCUAACGAGUCUGAAUUUUUUUGUGAAAAGAAUCAAAAAAAUUGUAAAAAAAUGAUUGCGAAAAAGUUUUUUUGAAUGAAAAUUAACCUUUUUUUCAAAUUUAACACUUCCGGUAAUCAAUACCCGCUAUAGUUUAGAGACCUGCAACUUCAAACACUCUGAUACAUCCGUUGGAAACAAAAAAAUAAACACGAUAAAUGGAAAUUUGAGAAAAAAAUUGAAGUUUUUCAAGUUCAGAUAGUCGAAAACUAACUAAAGGCUUCCAUUCGUACUAUUUCUGUAAUCAAUAACUUUGAACGGGUUGAAAAUUAAAAAAAUAAAAAGAAAAAAUUAUCUAAAAAGGUAAAAAGGAAUAAAAACUGCGUUUUGCACACGAAAAUGUCAAUAUACCGUAACCCAUACAGCGCGAAACCGAUUUUCUCGCUAUUUUUUUGAAAUUCCUCAAAAUUAUCUCGAAAUUAUUUCAAAAAAAUCGAAAUUCGCUAUUUUCGAAGUAUCGCCGUGAACGCUCUUUUUGAAAUUCGAAAAAAAUUUCGCGUUUUGCUCCUGAACGCGCCAUUAAAAAUUUAUUUCAAUGGAAAUUUGAUUUUUUUCCGUUUUGAUAUUGAAGAAAAAGUAGCAAAUGUUCACUCUUUCUAUUUUUUUCUUAGCUUUAACAAAAUGUUUUCUGUCCAUUCGAAAAAUUAUAAAAACUUCGGCAGUAUGCAAAUUUUUGUCAGCGGGAAAUGCACAAGAAACAUCUUAUUUGACGAGCCGAGAUAAACGCGAGACGCUGGCGGUACAUUGACGAUUUCGCAAACAUCUCGCUUUUUUUUUCGCGCUGGUCUCGCACUUUUCUAGGCGCGAGCUCGCGAUUCUCUCGCAAUUUGAAAAUUCCCGAAAUGCGAGAUAAAUGCGAGAUGGAGACGCCGCUAUUUAGUAACCAGGGACUUUGCCUCAACUACAGUACACCUGUGCGGUUGAGCACUUUUGCCUCAUAUUCCACGUUUUUUACACCCAAUUUUUUCUCCUUUGUGUUUUUUUGAUGGUAGGACGAAAAAUUUGAUCCGCAAAAAUACGUCGCGUGAAAAUCGCGACCCCCUAUAGGGCCCCCUAAAACUUAUCCCAGUAAGUUAUGUGGUCGCAAUUUUCACGCGACGUAUUUUUGCGGAUCAAAUUUUUCGUCCUACCAUCGUUUUUUUUUGAUGGUAUGAAAAAAAAGCCAACGAAAUUUCAAAAGGCGACUUUUCCGAUUUUUUCGUAUCGCUAGGGAACUUUCAGACCACCUUUCCGCCGAAUCUCUUUCCGACUUUUUUUCCUUAUAUUUUUCGGUUUAUAAGACAUCUAUUUACAUUUUUUUUUCCCUAUUUAUUUGUGUUUUAAUCAUGAAAAACUUGCCUACUUUAUAUAGGAAGAUUGAAAAACGAAGAGUUUAUCGAGAAAAAAAGUCGGGAAAAAAAUAUGAACUUGCCCGAAGAUUUCCCAGAGCUUUUUUUAGUUCCUACUAAAAAAACAUGAAUAUUGCAAAAAACCAUCAGUGAAUUGUUUAAUAUAUUAAUUAAUAUAUUUAACAUUAAAAAAAUUAGAAAAAACACAAAGGAGAAAAAAUUGGGUGUAAAAAAACGUGGAAUAUGAGGCAAAAGUGCUCAACCGCACAGGUGUACUGUAGUUGAGGCAAAGUCCCUGGUUACUAAAUAGCGGCGUCUUGCGAGUACGUCCACUAAGAAUAACUGCCGAGAUAAACGCGAGACACUAGCGGUACAUUGACGAGCUCGCAAACAUCUCGCUUUUUUUCUCGCGCCGGUUUCGCAUUUGUCUGGGCGCAAGCUCGCAUUUUUCUAGGCGCGAGCUCGCAUUUCUCUCGCAAUUUGAAAAUUUCCGAAAUGCGAGAUGGCGCCAAAAAAAUGCGAGGUCGCGCCGAGAUAAAUGCGAGAUCGCGUCUAGAAAAAAGCGAGAUGUUUGCGAGCUCGUCAAUGUACCGUCACCGACCUCGCGUUUAUCUCGUCAGUUAUUCUUAGUGUCAAUGUAUCGCCACCGACCUCGCGUUUCUCGUCAGUUAUUCUUAGUGCAGGCGUGCAUUGUGAUUUUUUCGCAGGCAGUAUGCAUACACGGUUUUAUACACCGCCCGCGAUAUCGCGGCUUCUCAGAACGAAAACGGCAGACCAGCGCGUAUUACAAACCGUAAAAACAAGAACCAAUACAUGCAAUGAAAAUUCAAUGAAAUCCCAACAUGAAAUGGAAGAUCCGCGGGAUGCGAUCGGCAUGCGAAAACAUUCCAAAAUUUGAUGCCCCAUUUUGGCGGCAUGAUGCGGCCGAGAGGCGAAACAAGAUGCGAAAUAAAUGCGCAUGUAUAAACCUGCGCGCUGGUCUGCCGUUUUCGUUCUGAGGCGUCAACGCAAAUUUCGCAAAUGUUCUUCUCAUACCACCAUUUCUUUAAAAAAUCUUCACUGUAUUGAUCCUUGUAAGUUCAAAUUUUGUGCCUUACAGUUCCUUGUGAUGAGCCUAGUUGGACCAUCGCUUGAAGACGUCAGAAAAACUUAUCUUGCUCAUAAUUACUCCAUGGCGACGGCGAUGUACUGCGCGAUGCAGACAUUAGAUGUUCGUUUCGUUUGAAUUUCAAAAUUCAAAUCGGUCUUUUUGAAGGCAGUGGCAGACCUCCACUUCUUGGGUUACCUCCAUCGCGACAUCAAACCGGCCAAUUUUGCAGUUGGUCUGAAUGAACCUCAAGCUCAAAUUUACGUCCUCGAUUUUGGAAUCUCCCGUCGACAUAUCGAUCCAAAAACAGGGCAGCCUAAAGUUUUGAGAGAAAAAAAAGGAUGUUAAAAUGAAAUCGAUCUUUUCUCCUAGGGUCCGAGGUCUCGUGUGAAGUUCAUCGGGACGAUGAGAUUCGCUGCGAGAGCGUGUCAUUUGCUACAAGAUCAAGGAAGAAAGGACGACUUGGAAAGCUGGAUGUACAUGGUAUCGUUUUUUGUGAAUAGAGACCUCGAAGAUCUUGAUUUUUUUUGA